UAUAGUAUCAUCCAAUAGGAGAGCUACACGUUUGCUAGAGAGGCCGCAAUGACCUCGAGAAACUCCUCCAGUGUCCGUAGAGGGUAGACCGCUCUGCUCGGCUGCUGUAUUUCUCCCUUGAAACUCUAUCGGUCUCGCUCGCUCACCGUGUUUUCUGAAAGAUUUUGAAUAUUACAAAUGGGUCGGAAACCCAGUGCUGCUAGACUUAUAGAAAAGCCACACAGGAAUGAAAGCAGGGUGGUGGAGACUGAAAGGGAUAAUCCUUUGUUAGAGAAAGUACAUCUCCAGCCUGAAAACACAAACACUACUGUGGAGAGGGUUGAACUACAACAAGCAAACUCUUCCAAAACCAUGCUUGGAAAGAAAGUACAGAAAUUCCCUGCUAAAGUUAGGCGAUCUGCUCGUCUUCAAAAUUCAGUAAUGGAUAAGGACAACGAAGACAUUGAGCAUAUUCUUGAAGAGAUAUCUGUCAGUGAAAGUGAGCAAGAAGAUGAGCCUGCAGAUGAGGAAUUGCCAGAGCCUACUCUGAAUAAGAAAAUCUUGCAUGAGAAAGUUGACUAUCUUAUACAACUUUUAAAAGCACAGCAAAAGACCAUGGAUGCAUUUAAUUCUACUGUAAUUGGGAAGACAUUCUGUGGUGAAAACUCUGUAAUGGGAGAUCUCACAUAUAAAAGCUUGUAUAUUGACUCCCAAAAAAAGGUUGAAGCUCUGACAGAGGAAAAUCUACAGCUGAAUAGGAAGUUGGAAUUUGCUCUUGGAAAAAUUGAAGUGUAUGAGAAGGGGAAUCGUGUAGUUCCUGAAGUGUUGGAGAAGUUGAAAGAUUUAUUUAAAGAUGCAUUUUGGUUAUCAAGUCUGACGCGAGUCACUGAAGCAACACGCAAUUGUACUGCAUCUGAGAAUGGCGAUGAUUGCAAGAAUUCUGCUAAGAGGAAGAGACUUGAUAAAGUAACUAACAAGAACUGAGUGCGAUAUUAGAACCUAGUAGCUUUUGUGAGGAUGAUUUGGACAUGGUGAGUUUGUAAUUGCCUGGUUAGUUUUUGGGGGUUGUCUCUUUAGGAAUUGAUGGAAUGUUCCUUCUAAUUUCCAACAAAAGCGUUUUACUUUAUUCUCA